AUGACCGCGGCUGCAGCUCACCAUUCCUACCGCCGCCCCACUGCCGCAACACCGUCGACGACAUGCGCCGCACCCUCCGCUUCCGCACUCCUGCACCAGCAGACCCGCUCCCUCUUUGGUCUCUCGCUCUUUGGCGCCAAGAAGCCAAAGGACGACGCAGCGGACCCCUUUGCCGCCGGCAGGCGCAAGCAACCCAUCCUCUCCCAGGACAACCUCUUCCACCCCUUUUCCCAAUCCCCAAUCCCCGCCAUCCGCGCACGCGGCGAGCGCAUCCGCUCCCUCGCACCCUGCCCCGUCAGCAUGGCAAAGUACAAGCAGCGCAGGCUCGUCAACUUCGAGUGCCCCGACUGCGGUUGGCCCACCCACUUUAGCGAAAAAGAGUGGCAGGAGGACACCGAACACCCAAAGUACGUCGCACGCCUCCGCGAGGCAAACGAGGACGAGCACGACCUCCGCAGCGGCCGCGACAUGAACGAGUUCAAGCUGCCCGGCCCCCAGGGCUUUGAAGAGACCAUCAACAUGUCGAGCUGGGACGUGUUUUUCUACACGCGCAACUUUAACUCGAUCGAGUCGGACCGCAGCCGCAGGCACGUCAGCAAGCUCCUCACCUUCCCCACCACCGUCGGCGCCGUCAUCCACGAAAACAGCCCCUACACCAAGCGCAGCCGCAGGCUCACCCACGAGGGCCUCCGCAGCAUGAUUGCCCUCCGCCAGACGCUCCACCCAAAGGCCGGCGACAAGCCCUCGCUCGACGUCAUGCGCAUCUUUGUCGUCGGCGCGCGCGCAGAGGCAUCCCUCCCGCCCGCCGUCUGGGACCAGCUGACCUACAUGUUCCCCAACGUGCCCUUCCACGUCUACCUCAUCGGGCCCGAGGCGCCCCUGCCCGGCGAUGGCGCUAGCAGCAACAAGGCGGCCCCAACGACGACGCAGCAGCAGGAUGCGCAGGCGAACGGCGGCAGCAGCGACAACAACAGCAACAACAACGGCGGCGGCUCCGGCAGCAUCUCGAUGCACAAGGGGCGCACGCGCAAGAGCAACUUUGGCGUGCCCUCGAGGACCGUCGUCGUGUCCGAGGGCCUCACCAUCACCACGAUCCAGUCCAAGUACGAGGAGGUGCACGCCCAGUUUGAGCCCUUUGACCCGUACACCGACGUCUUUUUCGCCUUUAGCCCGGGCUUUGGCUUCCCGAGCCAGGUGGCCGUCGAGGAGGCGGACCGCGCGCGCCAAGAGGGGCGCGACGACCCGGCGGGCGGCGACGUGCCGGCGCAGGAGCCGGCGCCCAUCUUUUCCUCGCCGCGGGGCGACUCGUUUACGGCGCUGACGGCGGCACCGGUGGUGCAGGCGCAGCGCGAGUGGGCCAAGGCGCUGGGCCAGAUUCUGUCUACGCGGUGCGCGCUGGUGGCGACGGGCUUUUCGCCGGCCGACGUGGAGCGCGACGUGCUGGCGUUUGAGAGCGUCGAGGGGGUGCGGGGCGAGUUUGACUGGCUUAUUACGCCCGGCGAGAAUGUGUUUGCCAGCCAGCAGUGGGCCGUCGCCGAUUUCGACCCGCGCGUGGCGGUCAAGGCCAACUGGGGCCUGUGGGCGGUGAGGGGCAAGCGGUACGACAUCCAGGGCCCGACGGGGCAGUAG